AUGUUUCGUCGCGAAUGCCACGACUCUCUUCGUCGAACGGAGGAAGAACCAGCAGGAAUGAAAACAGCUUUGAGGAAGACAUCAAAGACGCGGAAACUACCUCUGAAAAAUACAUUCGGGACGGCGACGCCAUGGCGCAAGAUUUACUUUGGCACGGAAUCCGCGAGGUUGCGGAUCAAUGUCGGGACCAGGGUAGCUGCCCUCCGGAUUUGUAAAAAAAUCGAAACAGCGCAGCACUACUUUCUUACAACGGCGGGAGGAAAUGUAUCUAUCAUAACUUUAUUGCCAAUGAAGUUCUUGUUUCGUACUUCUACUUUUGAAAAUCGAUACGACGGCAGAAGUUUAGCCCUUCCCGUGCUGUGCAAAUCGACGUAA